UUUUUAGUGAACUCACUGUUGUGUUAAUUUCAAAAGUGUUUCUGAAAAAAAAUAACCAUGGGAUGGAAUAAAAAAUCAAACCUGGCUCAAUAUGGUCAGGGGAAUUGGGACAAUUUUGUGAAAAAAACUCGCAACACCACCUCUGAAGAAGCAAUGCGUAUUGCCUUCGCCAAUCCAGAGAUCACAUUCUUUUUCUUUUGCCGGGAAACCAUUAUUCUUGAUCGUCCUCCUGCUUCACAAUAUGGUCCCUUUGAAGCAGGAGACGCGGUGUUCUUUAAAGGAGAACCGUGGUAUGGUAAUGCUCCGCAAUGUGAUUCAUAUGAGAAAACACCCAUCUCAACUGUCUAUAUAAACCCACUAAAUAAUCAGCAAUUUCAAGAUAUCACUACCUACGUAUUGAGGGAUGGCACUCCUGCAAUUGAUGUUGUCUGUAUAUUUGCCGCAAAUUAUGCCACUAAUACCAUCCCGAUGCUGCGCGCCAACAAUAACUAUCCGCCCACGAAGAAUCCAUUUAAUGCCAAUAUUCAGGACGUUUUGUUAUCUGGAUUAGUGAAAACUCUGCAGAACAAAGGUAUUAUAUUAUGGUAUGAACUAUAAUGUUUGGGUUAUGGUUCGGUAACCUCGAUCGUUCGGUUAGGCUUAGAUUUCAACCUUCAGUAUACAGCAUAGUAAAGUGAAUACCCGCAAUUGGCUUAAAAUUUCUUCAUUACACAAAAUUGUUCUUCGGAAACAACUUGUAUAAGCGCUGAAGGAAAUUUUAUAUUAUCAUGACUAUUAUUCUCAAUUAACCAAUCAUGCAAUUUUAUCCCUAAGCGUAAAAAAGACUCGAAUGACAAAAAGCCUACGUACAAGUUACCUAUUGACCAAUACCGUUACCCUUAGCCAUAUAUUUGCAUUCAUUCGAUCCGUUCUGACAGUACAUUUCUCAUCUUUGAUUUAUUCUCCCAUAACACCGUUUUAAUUUGUAUUUCCCUCGCAACCUUGUCAGGUUCCUUUUCGCCGAAUAAUAUCCUCUUAAUAUUAUCAGAAUAAUAUCCGAAUAAUUUCGCUCUAAUAUCCUCUUUUAGCUUCUUUAUCCCUCCUUCCAUUCAUUCAUUCAUUCAUUCAUUCAUUCAUUCAUUCAUUCAUUCGAUCACCGUUGAUGUUACUCGUACAUCAAACCCUUCUCUCUCUCUUAUCCCAUAACCCGUCUGCUGGUACUUUUGUAUCGUUUCCGAUAGUUUAUCCGUCUUGUCAAUUUCAUUCGGACACGCCAUAUCAAUGGUGAACAUCCUUUUAUUUUCUUGAUCGUCCAAAGUGAAAAAAAAGGAAGGUGCAGCUUCUUGCAACGCACAUCAUCCGCACUCGGUGUUCCCAAUCCCAGCAGAAGUUCUUGCUAUCCCUUUUUACUACUUUCCCUUUCUCCUAUUUUUCGUUCUAUCAUUUCAUGUUUUGAGGAAGGUGUUCUCAUAGUCCAAUUGUAGAAAGAUUAACCGUGUCUUCUCCUUCCUCCUUCCUUCCAAGAUAUAUACAGUCUGUCAACGUUAUUCCUCGGAUGUAAUUCAUACAUUGUGAAUCGUUUUCUUGUCCUUCUAACCAGUUCUUCCAAUCCUUAAUGAGGAUAUUGGGCAGGGGUCGGUUGUAUAAAACGUAGUUAGCGCUAAUUGCAGUUAAAAAGUAGUUAAAGAAGUAGUUAACUUUAAUCACGUAGUUAAGCCGGUUGUAUAAAAGUGUAGUUAGCCUUAACUGAAAUUAAAAAGUAGUUAAAGUUAACUAUGCUGUAGGAUAUAGUUAACUAUCCAAAGCGUAGUUUAAAAUGGCGCUUGUAUAGGAGUAAACAACAUUUUUCUGUAAAACAACAAUGAAAAGCAACGCUUACCUUGGAUUUUCAAUCGCCAUCUUCCCUGUGUAUGUUUUCUGACAAUAUAAACUCUUCAAACGCUAUCGCUUUGGUGUUUUUACGAAAACAGAACAUAUUUUUGCACAGGACGAUUUCUCGAAGACGAAAAAUAUGGUCCAUUACACCAAGAAACACUGAUAUAUAAUUGCCAAACAGCUACACCUUGGUUUAACGUAGACAUCUCACGGAAAAACUGCAUUCUUUUAUGAUUUUUGUGGCGGUUUUUCCUUGUUUUCUUGUUUAUUUUUCACUGUUUUCUAGUGUUUUUCUUCCCGCCUAUUUUCAAAAUACGAGUCCACAAUCAUGUUAAAAAUGCGUGUCAGCGGUCGUUAAUCACUGCUUACUUUAUGUAAUUUUGUGUUUAAGCGUCCCACGCAAGCCCCACGCGCAGCUAACUACGUGAUUAGUUAACUAUACGACUAACUACGUUUUGUGCAACGCAAUUAAGUUAUCUAGUUAACUGAUUACAGUUAAGGAUUUAACAACAGUGAUUAACGCUAACUACAGUUAGCGCUAAUUACGUUUUUAUACAACUGGCCCCAGGUAUUUAUUUUUUUAUAAAAUUCUCUCCACUCACCUUGUUUCCAAAAUCUUUCUGACCCUACGCUUAUAUUUGUUGCUAAUUUCGUUUUCAUUCCUUACUUCCUGAACUCGUCUGCUUGAACCCAUCUUAAGUACGCAUAAUCCUUCACCUUCAUUCAAUGAUUCUGUCAUCUGGCAGGUGUGUUCUAUCCGACUUUACCAACUUUCCCCUCUAGUUAAUUGUUUCAUUAAUACCAGAAACAUUAAAUCCGGGAUUUGACAACCAUUGCACUCACAAAGAGCAAAGAUGAUAGCGAAUCCCCCUAAAAUAUCCCUCUCUUGAUUUUCACUUCUCCUAGUACUUCUCGUUCACAUGUUAACUCUACGCUCCAGAAUUUAAUCGUUUCCUCCAUCGAGUCAUUGCCUUUUGCACUUUCUCCACUGUAAUUUCUACCCUUUCCUGUGGUUGUGUGUCACUCAUUGCUUGUCUAAAUCUUUCAACCAUUCUACGUCUUUAGUGCGUUUUUCUUUUCUUGAUGGUCUAGACGUCAGUUUCAUUUUUCCACCAUGGUUAUUUUCUGGGUGCUUUAUUUCCUCUCCUUACCCCCAUAACUACUGCGUCUACUUUCUUUGUAGUCUUUCAGUUUUUCUCUAUUUAUUCCUCUCAACGGCAGUCUUUCUCUUUCUUUUUGUAAUAUUUCUCCAACUUUUCAGUCACAACAUCUCUGCUAGACCAAGUUCACACCCUUCGACUAUCUUCAGCUAAGUUUUCUACUUUCUGCAUGUGCAUCCUACUUCCAUAAUUGCGGCCUACUUGUUACUUCUCCCCACACAUCUCCUGUAUAUCCGUUAUAGUGUAAUCUGGGCCUUAACCCAUCACAAUCUAGAAUCGAGUUGACUAGCCCAGAUCAGGGCUUUCUCUUCCCUCCAGGUUGUGAGUAGCCCAGUGCAUUUUGGCAGUUGAUCAUUAACAUAUCAUUAACCCGCAGAAAAAACACGGUCAAAUGCCUGCCCAUAAGACCCUCUUGCCUCCGGAGCGGUGGCUCCAUUGACAUAUGUAAUUGGACUGCAGAUGCAUCCAAGAACUUGUCCCCAACUCAGUGUCCGCCAUCUUGUUAGGUUCUCCGCAGAGAUAUUAACCAUUUCUUUGGCUACCAUCUUGCUAGUCCUCUACCAUGCAAUCAACCAAUCAGCGUGCUAGAAAUAUCAAGAGGACAUUUUUUACAAGAUCAGAAUAUCAGAAACCGCAGUCCAGUUAUGUAAACGUCAGUGGGUGGCUCAGGCAUGUGCGACUGAGGCCGCGUUCACACCAUGACGCCACGGCAAAUUUACCAUAUCGUGGUAUUUGCAUCCGGAGUGCCAAACGUAGUGGUCCACAGUUAAUACGCUACAGCAACCCAUUCCGUUAUAGUGUAAACAUGAUACUAAGAAACGUAGUGAAUUUUUAACGAAAUUCAUUUGUAUUUAGAAUGACAAAUGUUGUGGUCCGUAGUUAGUACGCUUCGGCAAACCACUCCGUUAUUCUGUAAACACAAUAUAGUCUCAAUACCAGAAACGUAGUAAAUUUUUAACGGAGUGUUAGCCGUAGUGUCAUGGUGUAAACGCGGCUUGAACUACAACUGAGAAUAUUCACGACGUUAUUACAAAAAGGGCCCCAAUUUUUCUAUCUCAUCUUUCCCUUCGUGUUCUUAUAAUAUGAGAACAUGUGUCGAACUGUGCGGCCGGUAUUCCGCGGAUCUCAGUAAAUUGCCUGCCCUUUUUGAAUUGAUCGUACAGGUACGAAGUGUUUGAAAGCGGUGUUACCCGCAGAUAGAGGUUGACAGUCUUUGAGUGCAGUCCAAUUUUAAACGAAAUAAAACUUGUUUAUAAACAUGCGUUGUAGAUGAACAGCUAUCUGAGUGAAGUAAAACAACCGAACAUAAACUCCAGAAGAGAAGCUCAGUGUUAUUAACGUUUAAAGACAGGCCCACACUGUUAUGAAGCCUUCAUCAGAAUAAAUGGAACAUGUUUCAUUCUUCCAAUUCUCGGUAGUUUAUACCGAGAUUCUAAGUACUGCCUACGCAGUUCUCCACUUUAUUAGAUACUCAAGUGUUUGCCUUUGCUUUUAUGCCUUGUAUGCAACAUCCAGGUAAACACUGAAAAAGUUUUCUAAUGUUAUAUAGGUAUCACUGUUUUGCUGACUAUUAUGGGUUCUCACACUGAAACCGGAUGGUCGCAGUUUACAGAUCAAUCUACAGCCCAAAAUUUUGUCGAUUACCUUAAUUCUCAAGUUGUCACACUUUACAGUUUGGAUGGAAUUGAUAUUGAUGACGAAUAUAGCAAUGGCCCUGUUAACAACAGCUCUUUAGCAAUGGUCACAACAUUGAUGAAAAAAAGCAUGCCCGGAAAACUGAUUACCAAAGCGCUCUGGAGCGACCACGACCGGUUUACCGCAAAUUGGAAUGGCAAUACUCUAGGUGCGAAUCUUGAUUACGGCUGGGAAAUGAAUUAUUACUCGGGUGAUGCCAAUUUUCGACUUGGUUUUUAUACUUCCUACAUGAAAAAAAAACAGUUGUGUCUCGGUUUUUCUGCCGAACGUCGCUUUUCAUCACAAUGGAAUCAGGUCGGUCCACAAGCCACCACGACCAUUUCUGAAGGUUAUGCUGGCGGAAUGAUGUUUGCCUACGAAAACCAACCAGAUAGCAUUGGUCUGAUGAAAGCUAUGAUUGAUGGCAUGGAUGGGCCUGGAAAUUGGAAUAAAGUUACAGCCGAAAAUUUGAAUAAGGAUGUAGCAACCUCGUUUUCUGCUACCAAAGAAGUUGGGAAUGAAGUCGAAACUCGAAACCGCGACUGCUGUAUUAUCGUGUAAACGUUCUUAUAUGAGUGGAUAGAAUAUCAAUUCCGCCAUUGUAAAUUCCUAUGAAAAUUAGCCAGCGAAUUUUUACCUCGUUAGAAAAUCUUACAUGAUAGAUUUGCUAAGACUGAUAUGAACAGAACAAUUCCCUUGUUUACAUUUCAGUUAUGACAAUUAGUUAUGACAUUUAGUUCAACGACAAUUGUACAUAACUUUUAUUUAAAUAUACAGGGUGUAUAAAAAAAUGUACACCCUUUCCGCAAAUUUAGAUUAGCCAUAACCAACAUAAUACAUAAACGAUAUGUGCUAAUAAGGUGCAUAAUAGCGACCUAAGUUUAGGUUUUACUGAGAUGGACAGAUGAAGAUAAUUAUAUUAUUAAAUAUAUAGAGAACAUAAUACAUGGUGCGCGGAAAUAACACUAUAUAAAGCACUAUAGUUUAUAUAGUAAAGAUAUAUAAUUAUGUUGUUAAGGCCUACUCUGGGACUUUAACUCGCCUUAAUUAUAUAUAACUCGCCCUAUCUCCCAAUAAAAAUUGAUUGAUUUUUGCUUAACUCGCCCAAUCUCGCCUUAUCUCGCAAUGAGAAGUUGACAGAUACUCGCCCUAUUUUGCAAUAAAAACCGGCACAGUUUCACGUCAGUAAAACACAAAUACUGUCAAUCAAAAUUCUUUAGACUCGCACUACUUAUGGCGGGUGAUGUGUGUCAAAAUUCAAUAACACAUUUGGCAAUGAUAACGUAACAUUUUGCUACAAUAAUAACACAUUUGGCAACGAUAAAGUAACCUUUUGCUACAAUUUUGUGGCGGUUACAAGAUAUUUAUUAACAAUAACAAAACAUUCAAUGACAAAGUAUUAUUUUGCAACAACGUAUCGUUUUAAUAUUUUCCAACAAUCGUACAUUUGGCAAGUACAAUCCCGUGAUGCAAUUGGGCACUAGCUCCAAAUGGCGCGAAAACGGUGCAUAAAUGGCGCGUAAUUAUUUUCACACAAAAUGGCGAUCAAGAGAUCGAAGAAAACGGAGUACGAACUGCUCUUAUAACGCGAUUGGAAAUGUUAUUGACUGAUGUAACGGAAUGCCUUUCAACAGAGCUUGAUGAUGUUAUUGAUCGUAUUCGCGAUUUUUCUGAAGACCUUUAUCGAUGCCUAGCAAAUCUAAUAGCACGAAAUCCCGAAAUUUACAGCGAAUUGCUACAUCAGGCCAGACUUCUCGUAGAUGUCAUACAACGUCCUAUUUUGAAUAAUGAAAAUUACGGACCGGAAACAUUGGGAAUCAUCGUAAUGUCAAUGCCAGGUAGACCAAAAUUUGAAAUUUUGAGAGACCAGCUGCAGUAUUUGCAGAUAUAUUUUGUGGUGAAUUGGCCACACCAUCCAGUAGCUGUACAAUUAUAUAUCUAGCCUGUAGUAGAGAUGACUGAAUAUCAUCUGACGCCGAAGCUCUGUCAUUUUCCGCCAUGUUUACUUAAAAAAGCACAUGUAAUCCAAUAUCGCGAAAAUGAUUACGCGCCAUUUCUGCACCGUUUUCGCGCCAUUUGGAGCUAGUGCCCAACUGCAUCACGGGAUUGUACUUGCCAAAUGUACGAUUGUUGGAAAAUAAUACUUUGUUUAUGUUGUUGCAAAAUAAUACUUUGUCAUUGAAUGUUUUGUUAUUGUUAAUAAAUGUCUUGUAACCGCCACAAAAUUGUAGCAAAAGGUUAUUUUAUCGUUGCCAAAUGUGUUAUUAUUGUAGCAAAAUGUUACGUUAUCAUUGCCAAAUGUGUUAUUGAAUUUUGACACACAUCACCCGCCAUAACUACUCACUAUAUUCUAUGUGUUUGGCAUUGCAACUGACAUCAACAUACAAGUAUGCAUGUAAGCCUGAUUAUCUGAAAUGUUAUCAUAUUUUUUAAUUUACUACAUUCUAUGUAAUACCAUAAAGCAGUAUUGAUCAAAUAAUACCACCAACUACUGUACUUUAAUACAGUAAGCGGGGCUUAGCAGGCAUAUACAGUCAGGGCCUCUUUUAAGGAUAUGUAACUGGGUGGGACAUCUUUCCCAAGGGACCAAAAAUAACGUAAAAAGGGGACCUGAAAAAAAUCUACUAAAGUCUAUAAAAUUGCGGCUACUAGCUUAAAUAUGGGUUUCGCUCUAGGGCAGCAGAUGAUGGUCAAAUUUAGAAAAUAAUGUCAAGUUGUCAACACACCUUUUUCUCACUUAUAUAUAAUUGCCAGGCAGCUAGUGAAACUCAUCUAUACAGUAUACCACUAUAUACAUGUAAUCUAUCAAUCAGCAGUCCGAUGUAAAAAACUUCUUUACGAAGUCACGUUCCGCAUAUGAACUCAGAUUAGGAAGAUUCAUUCGCCUCUGUUUUUUCUGUAGAAAUUCUUGCACCAUAGGACUGGGGUCAAACUGAGAUGUUGGCACUCCAUUCCAGUGAAUCAAUAGCCUAUCAUUCAGUGUUUUUUCAGAUGUGGCCAUUCUCAGGUUGGAGAAUAACAUGUUGUACGUUGACACACAUCUUUCCACCGUCAUACUGUGAGGGCAGAGAACACAAAAACCUGACAAAAACUUGGUCACAGGUUGUUUGCUGCCCCUUAGCAUUUGGUAGAGUCUCACACCAUAGUCUCUUGCAGGAAUAUGUGUAUCAGGAAGCAUUUCCGUAAAAUUUUCUAAAACUGCAUCAAUAAAUGCUUGUUUAUCACUGAUUCCACUUGAUUCAAGUUGAGGUAAUGCAAUGUUGAUGAAUUCAAUUGCACGUUUUGCUGAGGUCAAGUUGAUAAUGGUUGUUACAAUUUCUGUUUGUUCCUCGUUGAGCCUGGUCUAAACAUGAUAAUGAUAUACAUAAAAAAUAUAGGUAAUAGUAAUUAAAAACUUUAUAUGGUGUGACCUGAUUGCUAAACAGAUAUGAGAUUACCUAUUUAUCUCAUUUUACCUGGAGAAAAUUCCUUGAAGAAUCAAUAACCUCUUGCCUGAUAGGUUGUUUUCCUCUACGAAACGUUGUCACAUUGGUGUUGUGUGUCCUUCUUGGUGUAUUAUCCACUGCUUCAUCAUUCUCUGGAUGCAGUUCUGCAAUCUUCUUUGUUAAUAACUCCUCCUGCCCACCUAUGUGCAGUAAAAUAACAUACAAUGUAAUGAAUAAUACACCUUUGUUAAAGAACUCAAAUAAGAGUGAGUUCAAUUUGUUUUCUAUAAACAAAGUAACUUACUAACUAUAUAUAUUUUACCUGGAUAUGGCUCUGUUUGCAUUAUAUCAAGUUUUUGCAAGGCAAUAUCUCUGUACUUCAAGAUAUCAGGAAUGAUAAUGCCAGGCUUCUGGGCUUCUUUUUCAAUAUAUCUGAAGAUACAGCAUGUGUCCACCAUAACAGCAGUUAGCCAUGCUUGCACUCCUGUUGGUUGCCACAACUUUAAAAAUCCUUUUGCAGACGAUACCUCCUUGGUAUUAUAUUCUCGAGGAGCAUCACAAAUCUUUUGCCAGUGCUUUAAACAUCCAUCUAAAUUGAAUAGUAUCGCUCCACAAAGUUGAACAAGAUGUUGAGCAAACCUUACCUCAUGAUGAGGAGGAAAACUUCUCAUGUCUGGUUUUAUGGUCUUCAACUCCUUAGUCCUUAGGCCUGAUGUGCGGUAAUAAGUAGCUACUCCCGUUACAUUGGAAAGCCAGAUUUUCAGUUCAGGUACCAACCUAAGACAUUAUAAAUGUUAACAUUAAUAUAGCCUUAUAAUUUAUUUUUUUAUCUUUUUUUGCUCAGGGCUUCACUUAAAAUCUCUUUUGUGAGUGGACUUCCUAAUGAAAUAUUGUAAUCAUUAUUUUAUUAUUAUUAAUUUAUUAUUAUUACCUCAUCACAUCUUCCAUUGCUAAGUCUGAUCGGUGACAUGCACACCAGAUAUUUCUUGUUGAACGACCAACAUAAUUUUCAACUCUAGCCCACAGUCCAGAAUCCUUACCAGUGUUUGCAGACUCUCCAUCGGUGCUCAUCCCAACAAAUUUUGACUGCAAACAUUCUUUAGAAAGGCCCAUGUCAUCAAAACAGUUUGUCAUGGCAGAACACAAACCUUCAGCACCACGCUUGGUACUUUCCCUUGCACUUGCAAAUCUUGUCUUAAUAGAAAGAGGGUCCUCGGGUGUAUUGAAUCGAACAAAUAUAAAUUUCUUAUCUUGUUGCCUAGCAUCGACAGAACCAUCCAUUUGUGCAGCAAAACAAAUACAGUUCUGGAGUUCUUCUCUAAGGUGCUUUCUCUCUGUAUCUCCUAUUAUCUCCAACAUUUCUGCAUAAUGCAUUGGAUCCCUAUAAUGAAGUUCCUCUCCACUUGGUUUAAACGGGGUAAAACUUUGUACGUUGUCACUGUCAGUUAAAGACCUAAACUGUUGUUGUGCAUGUAAAUUAGCAAGAGAUCUACCUGGCCAUGACCAGGCAGCUAAAGUCAAAGAUUUACUGUCAUUAUAGACCUCUACUGCCAUUUCAGUCAAGGUCUUCAAAACUGUUGGAUCACUUUUUGUUGCCAAGUUAAUAAAUGGGUGACGUUUGUCUUUGGCAUUCCACAACUUGGAUAGCUGUUUCUUUUCUUGAGCUGCUCUAUGUGAAGGCCCCAGUAGAUGAUCAAUUACAUCUUGUAUCUUUUUCUUCCCAUCACAACGCACACCUUGUGCCAUGUACACUCUACCAUUAGCUGAAAAGCGCUUUGCUUCCUCUUCGAAUUCACCACAGAUGCAACACUUGACAAAAACCCUAGCUUUCUGGCGAUUCUGCGUUGAAACUCUACUUCGUUCAUAAUAUUGAGAUAGUACAC